AUGAAUUACUUUAAGAAAGGUCGUGAAGAUAAAAAAGACGAAGAAGAAAAGAAAAAGCAAGACGAAGAAGAGGAGGAAGAGGAGGAAAAUAAAAAGGAAGAAGAAGGCAAAGAAAAAGAGGAAGAAGAUAAAGGAGAUCAAGGAGAUGGCCGCAGAGAUCCUCCACCUCUUAUCACAGCGCCAGUUAAAAAGCGACCUAUCAUGACUCGUGAGAGAUGGAUGGAGAUGGCCCAGAUUCGCCGGUGGGAAAUUCAUAUAACGGAUAUAUCCAUUGAAAACCUGUUUACAGACAGCUAUGACCCUUUCCUCGAGUUUGUCAUAGGAGGCGAUUUUAAAAUCAUUCAAAAAGCUGUCAAGGGUGGAAAAAUUGAAAACCAAUACAAAGGAACUUUGGGCUACACAAAAAAGACCGAAGUCUUGCCGAACUUAGAAUCCAAAGAAAAAAGGGAUUUUAAAACGAGGGUUUGACAUGAAUAUCAUGGGUCGUAUUUCGAUAUCCAAGAACAAUAUAUGAGAAUCGACGUAUGGGACCUGGAGGGCUGAAAUUUAAACACUUUUCUUGGCAGAGUAGAAGUCCCACUAAUAAACUUUGCGAGUGGCGAUGUAUUUCAAGAACUUGAUAUAUGAAAAUCUGGGGUUAAAAAGAAACAGAAGCUUUGUAAGUUGACCUUUAAUAUUGCGUUUCAAGAAAUCUGGGAUUUUUGGCUCACUUUUUCAGAUUGGAGUGCUUCAAAUAUUUUGGGAGAAAAAGGCAGCAGUGACUCUGUAAGCCCUUCAAUUGAAUUAUCUCUGCUAACUCAAGGAUUUUGGAGGAAAAAAGUAAAAUCUAUUGUUAUUGAUAAAGAAGCAAACCCAAUGUGGCCAAUGAUUAAAGGUGGAAUUCAUUAUAGAGGGACAGUUAAUGAGCUUUGCAACCAACAAUUAGAAAUUAAUCUGUAUGACGGAGGAAUUUUAAAUAGAAAACUAACGAUGACCCCCUCAAUCUUCAUGUCUAUUGCAACAAAAAUGCAAUUUUUUAAUAUAAAAUUUUAUAUAAAAAACAUAAUAAUUUUCGUUCUCUUGCAACAAAUUAUAUACAAAAAAAAAAAUUUUCAUGUCUCUUGCAACAAAUUAUAUAUAUUAAAAUGGCGACACGUGUCAGCCUGCCCUCUUGGCGCAGCAUUCCAGACCUUAUGGUUAAUGCGAACUGGAACGGACCCCGAGCCGAGAAUCAGACGCAGACUCAAGAAGUGUAUAUGCGGGCAGGUUUUGGCUGCUUUCCUGUGGUUGGAAAUAGAUUAGCUCAAUAACGUCCUUUUGAUCCGAGGACCCAUGGGCAUUCCUCUACCGAGAAACUGGGGUUUUUGCCCAGGCCACAGGGGAACAGUCUUUUUCGUGUAACUGUAGAAGGAAGGUCUUUGACACCCGAUAGACUCUAAGGAGCUGAUCCUUGGAAUCAAGCUACUCCAAUUGACCGUAGCAGGGACGCAGAAAUCCAUAAGCCGCCCACUCAAGACUGAAGCCGCAAGGCAAGGAGGAGACAGAAGGUACCGGAAGGGCACUCGUAAGAGAAAUAGACCCUCUGGGUUGGAAUCGAAAAGCGGUAGAACCUUCUGCACGGGAGGUCUUUGGUGACUGUGUCACCAAUAUGGCUAGCGCCUGUCUGUAAUAAUCCUAAUCCUCUUGCAGCAAAUUUUAGACGCGCAUCUUAAAUUUUUCUGUACUUUUUAGCUAGAUAAGUUUAAUAAAAUGGCGAGCAAUGAUAAUAGCAGUCCAAAUCUCGAUGAGAAGGUCAUUGACACGCCUACAGCAGCGCUGUUUUAUGGGGUUUUUGAGAAAACUCACCUAGAGAAAAAUGCAUUAAUUCUUUUUUUAUAAAAAUGUUGUGUUGCAGUAGGCAUGAAAAUUUUUUCGAAAAAAAUUUUUGUUGCAGUAGACAUGAAGAUUGAGGGGGGGGUCAUCGUUACUAGGCAGAAAAACUGUUGAUUUAUUUGGGGUAACUGAUUUUGGUGGUAUUAGUGCUGAUAUUCUUCAAAAAUAUAAAAGAAGAGGCCCUCACAUUUGCUCAGUCAAAGGAAGAAUUAAUAUCGUCAAAACUCCUAGACACCAGCAGAGCGGUGAAAUCAUCAUGCUGAAUUCAAACAGCCAAUAUCUUUGUGUUAAAGUCCUGCGUGUCGAUAAUAUUGUUCUUCCUACAGAUAGAGGAGUCAUCAAUACUUUUAUGGACGUGCUCUGGGGAGGAUACACCAAAAAAACCAAAACUGAAUAUAAAAGUUAUAAGCCUAUCUUCAAUGAUUUAUUUUAUUUUCCCAUUGUUAUUAGCCAAAAAGAUUCUCUACUAGGCGGAAAUAAAGAAAAUGACCGACUUAAAGCAAUUAUAGAAGAAUUAAAACAAAGCCCUAUAGUCUCGUUCAACUUUUGGGCAAUUGAUGAAAAAUUAUCCAACGACAGUUUAGGGUCAACUAAUUUCUUCUUAAACGAACUAAAUAGUGGAAAAAUUCAAGAAAAAGAAUUUUAUGACGAAUCAAUACAAGGAAUCAAUGUGUUUAAAGUAAGAGUUUGGUCUGGCAAAAAGCAGCUGCAAUCACCUUUUAUUGCAGCUGGAGAAAUUUCUAAUGUGUAUAUUGAGGUCUACAUAUUAUUUGAAAAUGAAAAGAAACUUGAUUAUGAAGACUUGCCAAGGGAAAAAGCAGAUAAGCUGCCUCCGCAUUAUGAAGAGCAUAAAGAAAGAUGGAUUGAAAACGGGAACAAUAUGAAAGAAAGCUUCCCAGAUGAAACUCAAAGAGAAUACAACCAUGAAGAAAGUGAUGAGCAUGGCAAAAAACAUUUUCUACCGUUAUUCAUAGCUAAGACUAGCUACCCAGCGCCCCCACCUAAAGUGAAAGGCUCAUUUGAGGUCUCAAAUAUAGAAUACCUUCGCGUCGAGACUCUAAAACAAAUUGCGCACUAUGUAAGCCUGGUACCCUUUGCUCAAACUGGAGCCGAUAUAUGAUCAUCGCCUGAUUUCCUUAUUUAUAUGGGAAAAGGCCAGCCUGUUGAUCACGCCAUUUUAUUAGCAAAUCUAUUCAUGGCAGUAAGAAAAGAAGAAAAAGAAGAAGGCGAUGAAUCCAGCAGUGACGAUGAAGAUGAAACAACACUUGUGGAAAAACCUAAAAAGAAAAAAGAAAAAAAAUCAAAAAAUGACGUAGUUGACCUCACUGAUUCUAUGGAAAGAAGGACUUUUAUCUGUGUGGGAAGCUUAAAGCAAAGAAAAACUCGCCAUGUCUGGGUUAUGACGGUCGAAAAAGACUAUAAAGGUGUUAAAUUCUGGGAAAGCACAAACGCGAAGUGUUUCGAGCUUAAUAACAGAGUAGCGUCUCCUGAGGACCUUAGGAAGUUCCUAAAUAAAGAAGAAGUGGACAAGACAGUUUUGAAGCCAUCUGCAACUGAAGAGGACAAAACAGAAAUGCUUGUAAAUGAAGAGAUAGAAGAGGAAGAAUACGAAGCAAGUGAAGAUUCAGAACAAGCUGAAGAACUUAUGGAAAAAGAACAAGAAAGGCUGAAUAAAAUUUUAGGUGACACUAGGAUUAUGGAAAAAGAUUUGGGGCAAAGAGAAACGAGAUUUAAGCAUAAAAAAGUUGGAUUCAAAGACGAAGACUCAGAAGAUAAAAAAUUCGAAACAAAAGCUCCAGCUAAGUCUUAUAUUGAUGCUAAGAGAGAGAUUGAAAAAAAUGAUGAAUCAAAUUUUACAAGCAUUGUCCAAGAACCAAGGCUGCUACCUGGAGCUCAAGACGUGAACGUCCCAUACCGUACAAUUGAAAUUAUCUUCAACAAUAAAAAUGCAUGGAUGAACCUCCAGCACUUUGACCCUUCACGUAUUAUUUAUGAUUUAUAUGAUAAAACUCUUUGGCAUCCAUUUUUGCCAAGAGGAGGAAACUUCACUCCUUACUACUCAGCACCCAUCUUUGCUCCCCCACUGCUAAGAGGACCAGCAAAUAAACUUCAAAGCAAACUGCUAAAAGAAGUUUUAUCUUAUUAGAUAGACGGGCUCGUGCCCUUAAUUUUAACGCAAUCAUCGAGGAUCCCCUAGGGGAUUCACUCGCUUUGCGACCUUCCUUCCUUCCGGACUCCUCCUUGCUACUUGUAAAAAGCUCCAGUGUUGAGUGGGCAGGCUACGGGUUUGUGCGGCCUCCUGAGGCUGAGGGAGUACGAAGUUGGCAUUCCGAAAUUCCAAAAAAAUGGAAUUUCUGAUAGCCUAUCGGCAAAAGGAAAAAGUUUAGAUCCUGGGACGUAACGCCCAGCUUCACGUUAGGCAGUUGCCCGAUUGGUCUAGGUAUUACCUGUCGACCUGGCUGGGCUUGCCCUUUCUAAAUCUGAACCCUCUUUUCCUCCGAGGUAAAAACCAGUCUCGAAGUUGGACUGGGCCAGGCUCUGCUUCCUGCAGAAUUGGUUACCGUGUCCUUUUCAAGGCGAGAAAAACCUUGCGGAUAUAAUUAAAAUAUGUGUCGAGGAUGUAUGGCCGUGAGGCCAUACCUAGACGAAGACGCCAUAUUUUAAUUAUGCUAAAAGAAGUCAAUAUUGGAAUCAGCGCCUUGAGAAGUGGUAAAAACCUAGGAACUUCGUGGAAAAGUCAGAAAGACCCUGUGGUCGAACUUAUGGAAUUACAUUUGGUUUUUCUAGAAAAGUGUGCAAGAGGGGAGUUUACUGAAGAAGAAAUAAAAGCGAAAAAAAGAGAUUGAAGCAUUCAAAUAAGACAGUUUAUGCCAAAGCAUUAUAGAGUUAGUGCAAUUCCUGCUCAUUUUAAUUACCCUGAGCCUGACAGAAUCACAACUGUUUUCUUGGAUGAAGCGGGAGAUUUCUUCAAGAUGGACCAUAAGAAUCUCAAAUGGGCACUUGCAGUGAAAAUAUUCCCAUAUAUUGGAAAAGUGAUUUCUGUCAGAUUAUUUGUUGCUGCGUUUUAUCCAAUUCCAAUAACUGAAAGCAGUACCAAAGAUUAA